UAUAAUUCUUGUUUAGGAAUCAACGCCGAAAGUUUUAUUCUUGCGACCGAGAAUGAACUCCGUUGAAGUCGCUAUUCUUUGCCUUCUCUUCUUCUGCGUAAAUCACACCUCGGCUGCUGGAGACGGUUCAUGCAUCAACCUCACUUUGCCAAAUGUCCUGGGUCUCGGAGAGUGCCUCGAAGAGAAUCAAAAUCUCUGCAUUCAAGACAGCGAUGGCGCCAUUUUCGAACUUGGUAAAGUGGUUCUGUGCGUCUUGCAAGGAAUUGGUGAUUUGAAUCUGGGGUCCCAGCUGUACACAAUUCUGCAGCUUCUCGAAUACGUAUUCCAGAGGAACAAUCUGGGCAUUGUGAUUGACGCCAUUAAAGGUGUUUGCCAAGUGACGGGGCUCCUGUUCAAAGUGAACUGCAACGUUCUGACGGUGAACACCGCCGCGGUGUGCGGAGAUCCAAUUGAGAUCAACCUUCCAAGCGUACUUGGGGCUGGCGCGUGUGUCGGAACAGAGUUUCAGACUUGCGAGAAUGGGCAGCCAGUAACGGGGAGUGCUGUUCAGGUGCUUUUCGAUCUUAUACAGUGCCUUCUGGAAAAUCUUUCGGACAAAAAUUUGAGUAAACUUCUGCCCAACAUAAUUUGCAGCGUGUUGCAGAUUAUCGAAGAUGCUAUAGGGAAGAAUGUGGUUACAAAACCCAUAAUCGGAGUUAUUAACGGUCUGCUUCAAACCAACUGUACCGCGGCUGGUCCGUAAUAUGGUGAAAACACACACACACACACACACACACACAUAUAUACAUAUAUACAUAUAUAUCUUUCUUUGUUUUGCCACUUUAACUCUUUUUCCUUUAAUAUCUCGUCAUCAAAACCUGCUCUACGAACGCAUAAUUAUUACUCCAGUAAUAUGGUAUUGCGCUGAUAAUAAAAAUAAUGCCUGAUGCCAUGAAA